AUUUAUGUCAAGUCCAAAUAAUUUUGUAAUAUUAGGAGGUGGCAUAUCAGGGUUAAGUGCCGCAUGGUAUUUAUCUCGUUAUGCACCUUCUACAACGAAAAUAUUAGUUUUAGAAGGGUCAAAUAGAUUUGGAGGAUGGAUAAAAAGUAAGAGAGUUGGUCAACAUAAAAUACUUUUUGAGCAAGGUCCAAGAACAUUAAGACCUAAUGGAAUAGGAGGUUCUGUCGUAUUAGACAUGGUUAAUAGAUUGAAUCUAAUUCCUUCAUUACAUGCUGUUACAAAAGAUGAUGACGCUGCUAAAGAUCGUUUUAUUUAUUAUCCAGAUAAAAUAGUAAAACUACCGGGAACAUCAUUAUUAUCAAGUAUGAAAUCUGUAUUCACGAAUAAUUUUUUAUUAAAGUCGAUACCAUCAAUUUUAUUUGAACCAUUUAUUAAACCGGCAAGGAAUUAUCAUGAUGAAACGAUUCAUGAAUUUAUUUCAAGAAGAUUUAGUAAAUCUAUUUCUGAUAUUUUAAUUAGUGCACUUAUACAUGGAAUUUAUGCGGGUGAUAUAAAUAAACUUUCCAUUAGAUCAACUUUUACUAGAUUAUAUAAUCUAGAGCAAAAAUAUGGUUCUGUUAUUAAAGGUUUAUUAAUGAGUAAUAAAGAAGAGUUUUUAUCUCAACAAGAUAAAUAUUUAUUAAAAAUCAUUAAUGAUGAAAAUAAAGAUUUUUUGUCAAUAUUUAAAAAUGUUAGUCUUUAUUCUUUUAAAGAUGGUAUAGAACAAUUAUCAUCAGCAAUUGUGAAUGAUUUGAAAAAUAAGGAAAAUGUACAAUUAAAAACGAAUAAUCAGGUAACAAAAUUGGAAUUUGGGGAAAAUGUAAAGAUUUUCACAAAUGAAGCAGUUUAUGAAGCUGAUCAUGUAAUUAGUGCAUUGCCUUCAAGAGCACUUUAUAAUAUUCUUCCUGAAAAGGAUGUACUUCCUCAUUUGAACUAUAAUCCAUCAGUUUCAGUAGCAACAAUUAAUUUAGCAUAUGCUCACCCAAAAAUUUUACCAGUUAAAGGAUUUGGGUAUUUAAUACCACAAUCAACACCACAUAAUCCUUAUCACGUUCUUGGUGUAGUAUUUGAUUCAAAUGCUAUGCCAUUACAAGAUGAACCUUCAAGGACAUAUACAAAAUUAACAAUAAUGAUGGGUGGUCACUAUUUUAAUUCUAUUUCGGAAAAAGAUGAUUUUCCAAAGAAAGAAAUCUUAUUACAACAAUCAAUAGAAAUUUUAGAAAAACAUCUUGGAAUUUAUUCUACUCCACUUUACUAUCUUGUUGAUAUACAGAAGAAUUGUAUACCUCAAUAUUAUGUUGGUCAUUAUUCAAGACUUAAAGAACUUCAUUAUGCGAUUAAAAAUCAUUACGCAAAUCGAUUGAGUGUUACUGGUGCAAGUUAUUGGGGAAUCAGUAUAAAUGAUUGUGUCUUAAAUUCUGCUAAAUUGGUCCUUAAUAUUCUUUCAAAUUCCCCAAAUGUUGUAACCGGUUUAGAAGAAGUUGAAAUUCAAAACGAGCAUUAUUUAUAAUGUCGAACAAUAAUUUUUAUUAUUAUAGAAAAUGAAAAACGUAUAGAAACACGAAACACGAAAAUACUAUAUAUAAUAACACAUAUAUUUAAACAUCCAGCAAAAUACAGUAUAGUAGGCUUAAGAAAUGUGGGAAAUGUGGGAAAUGUGUGAGAGAAAAAAAAGAGAAAAUUUUUUUUUUUAAAAUAAGCCUUAAAUUAAUUCAAAUAGUAAAAAAAAAACAUUAUAAAAAAUUCUUUAUUUUGCUCUCCGAAUUGGACAGUUAAUUACAAUGAAAAGUUGUGUAAUAACCAAUAUUUGGGACGAAUUUUUAUAAAUAAAAGUUACAUUUUGAAACAAUCAAAUAAUUCGUAUCAUCCUUGGCCAGGAAGAAGUUCCUGUUCACCCAGACACCACGAUGAGGUGAUGACACAAGCCUGGGGACGAUUGAGCGAU